CUCACGCGGUUGCUUUUUGCUGCAUCUUUCUGUGCUUAGCAAAUUGGACAGAGGGAUCAACUUUGUUCUUUGUGAAGAGUCCGAUCGUGGAUCAAUAUUUCUGCUUCUCAAUUGAAAAUGGGACGGAGAGCGAACUUUUUGAGGGACUUUACUGGACUUCAGAAAAAAAUGGAGAGACAAAAGAUAUUUCAAGCAAAAUAGAUGCUGGAUACUUCUACAGCGCUCCCACAAGGGGUGGUCAUGGAGAAGAGGAUAAGGAGAAACCAAAUUCAAACUAUUCAUCGAUGGCAGCAACAGAUUUUGGUUUCAUCCUGGAUCACCGCUGGGAAGAUCUUCCGGGCGAUUUUAAAGAAAGACAACUAAAAUUAAACAUUUCCAACCUAAAAAUUUCAUUAUUAGCAAAAUAUAAUAGCACCUUGACAUUCCUAUCAAAGAACGGCAAUAAUUAUCAACUAGGGUUAAAUCUUAUAGAAAAGAAAAGAAAAAUCAACAUCACAAAAAAUCAUAAGGAUGGUCCAAAAUUAGUUUUGAAAAUCCAGGAAUUCUUUGUUGAUCGAUGGAAUCACAUCGAAAUAAAACUUCCUCCUGGGUCAGAAAUACAAGAAGAUUGGACGGUGAAGUUUCAGAGUCAGGAUAAAAAUGCCAAAAUAAAAUAUCAUAUAUACGAAACUCCAAAUCUUUACAAUGGAACAUACAGCACAUUGAGAGCUGCGUAUAAACUUGACGAAAAAAAUUGCUGGGUUGCUGAAUUUGUAACUGACACUACCAGAAGUUAUAAUUUCACUGAUGGCAAUAUAACGAAUUUCAUCAGACCGAACUCUGAGGGAAAGUGGCGAAACAAAUUCAUUUUGGCUGGCGAUACUGCUGAGCUAAGUGGAAGUCAAUCAGUUGAAGGAAAUAAUACAGAAAACGACGGAUUUUUCCUUUAUACUUUAAAUAGACACUGCACGCCCGAAAAUGGACAGUUGCAGAUGUAUUAUCAAAUAAUUGAAAAACAAGAAACCGACUCGACCCUGACCUGCUCGACUACCACAAAUUCUCAGAGAGUCAAGGAGCGCAAAGUCAGCACGUUUUACAACAAUGAAGUUUUAAAAUCUGCCACUCUCGAACUUCUCAAACCCUUUAUAAACUAUGGUCUGCAAAUAGAUCGAUGCAACGCGUCAGACGUAGAUGAUAACUGCAAAGGGGUCAUUUUGUGUGACCCCAAUGGGUGCUCCUGCUUGCGACCUUACACCGGACCAACUUGUGAGGAAGUGUGUGAUAAUUUGGGCACAUAUGGAUGUAAUUAUAGGUGCGGCUUUUGCGAACGAAAAGAGGAAUGCAACGUUGCAGAUCAAUGUAGUGGAAAUUGUGUCUUGGGAUAUCGCAAACCCAAUUGCGUAGAAAAAUUUCUUCAAUUCGGAGUAAAGCCAGAUAUCUUUGGAAUGAAAAUAUCCUUAAAGAAUGCGAUUAAAAACCUCACGAAUAAGGAAAUUAAGAAGAUUGAAUACAUCAAUAUCCAGUUUCAGGUUGAAGGGCAAGGCAAAUUCCAAAGUUUGCUUAAUAUAACUCAUGGUGGUUUGGAAGCAACAUACGAGCUUCCCAAGCAAAUCGAAUUCAACAAAACUUAUUCUUUCCGAGCAGUGAUCAAAGAAAAGGACGAGGAAGAAAUUUACAUUGGACCAGAUUAUCCUGUCCUGCAUCAUUUUUUUAAUAACAAGAAAUUCUUUUCAAACAGAAUUAAUCAAGAUGAUUCGUCAAACAAUAAAUUUGCACUGAUAUCCUUUGUUGCAAUCGUCGUGUCAGUCGUGAUUUUAGUUGCAUCUUUGGUGAUUUGGAUCCGAAAAAGGAGAGAACAUAGAAGGAUCGAUUCUGGACCAGUUCAAUACAUGCAUUCCAUAAUGAAUGCGCAAAAUCAAAGGAUUGAAAGCUCGCAAAAUAUAGCACUGCUGGAAGAUGCUGAAGAAAUGGCAAAUGAAAAUGUGGAUAGUAUCUACGCUGAACUAACACAACUUAUUCACAAACAUAUGGACCCUCUAAAAUUCAGAAGUCACGUCAAGAGUUCUCUUAAGUUUGACCAAUUCGCAAAACUUUUUCAGGAAGUAAAAGAAGAAAUCAGGAUUCGUGACUCGGAUUAUCUUGUCCCCCUACCGACCAUGAUAAAAUUAAGAGCGAAUGAGCAGUAUCAAACUGAUGCCUACUUUUACGACGGCUUCUCGGGCAAAAACAGAUAUAUAAUUUCGAAGAGCCCUUCUCAAGAGAGUGUGCAGAACUUUUGGAGACUAGUUGACCAGGAGAACAUUCAAUCAAUUUUAAUACUCAAUGACGUCGAGCCGUAUUGGCCAAAAACUCUGAAUGAAGAAGUGGUUUAUGAUGAUAUUGUACUGGUUUGCAUGGAAAGUCAAGAAUUUUGCAACUACGUGCUUAAAAUUAUAAAAAUUUGCAGUGGCGGGGAAACAAGAGUGAUUCGCCACCUUCAAUUCAAGUCAUGGUCUGAUUGGGAUUUGCCGCUCAACCACCAGGCUGUGGCUGAAUUCAUACAAAAAAUUGACAUUGAUUGGCACAACAAAGGGCCCAUUCUACUCAUGUGCAGUUCGAAAAUCAGCAGGGUCGGAAUUUUGCUCUUCGUCCACAUUUGCCUGGAUAUGAUGGACAAGAAUCAGUCUUUUGAUCCAGAAUACGUUUUGUCAAUCAUGCUGAAGCAGAACUUCAACCUUAUGGAGUCGCAUAAGCUAUACACUUUUGCAAAUUUGGUUCUCUUUGAAUAUUUUGCUGCGAACAAUGCAGUGCCAUGUGCAGAUUUUGCAGAACACUUCCAAUCUCUUCAGGCGGAAGGAUCUCUUCAAGAUGAAUUUGACGGAUUAUUGAACCAGCUAGAAAAUGACUUGACCCUGAGCAAGUACCUGUGUGGGGAGCCAAAAGAGCGUGACAACAGCUUGACUCACGUGGACAGUUUUACAAGAGAAAACCAGUUCAUUGUGAUUCCCAAGCCAAAGCCAAUGUAUCUUUGGGGCUUCAUCCUUCAGCACAAAAUUCAGCAAAUCGUCAUUUUGAACGAAGAAAUUGUGGACCAGGAUAAUUUUCUGCCAACAAAAAAUAAUCCCAUAGAAUUUGCAAACGUUGAUAUCCAUUUACUCUCUGAGGACGACUCUGACCAUAUGAAAUAUCUAUGUGUAAAAAUUAGUGAUUCCUCUGUGGCAAAAUACGCCAUGCCUACAAAAUACAUCAAUAUGGUAAUUCUGAAAGGAUGGAAAGAUGUUCACGCACUUCCCUUGCCUUCUGACCUGAUCGGCUUUUGGGAAAACAGCGAGAAACAACGCAAAGGUCCUUGGCAGACUCUCCUCAUUUGCAAGGACGGAUCAACUUUCUGUGGUUUUUACUUGGCCAUUGGUUACUUGGUGGAGAAAAUUCGGAUGGAGCAACUCGUGGACGUGGAAUGGGCCAUUCGAAAAUUGCACCAGCAAAAUAUCAACUUUAGCUUGAAAAAGGAAAAUUAUAGUUACUUGCUUGAUGCCGCUUUUUUCUUCCUGACAAGCCACAGCAAUUAUGCCAAUUUCAAAUAGCCUUUUGGUUAUUAUCGAUGUUUAAAACUUUUUGAUUUAUUACAUUUUGUCCUUCGAGUAAUUUAAAUUUCAUUUACCGAAAUUCUUAUAAGAGACUAGGAAAUAUAUCAAUAUCUUAUAAAUAGUUCACCAGAUUAGAAUAUUAAUGAUUAAUGAUAAAAGAGAAUUUCCUUUCAGUGUCCACUUUUCAUAGGUAAUAAAAAAACAUUCUCAGAUAAUUGUAAGUAUGCGUAUUCCCAUUCCUAUCGAAGGGGCCUUUUAGGUUCAGAUCUAUAAGGUCCGUUUCCAGGUUCCUGGUUUUUGUGGUUCUUCCUCAAACAUGCACCUGCUCAAUAAGUUAAAGGCCCCUGGACCCCCAACUUUUGUUGUCAACAACAAUUAUUUUUAAUUUUAUUUUUUACAUAAUAUAUUGAUAUAAUUAUUUCUAAUAAAAUUUGCGGACGUGUCCAAAAAUAUGCAACUGGUCAUAUUUAGCCACUUUUUGUACGAUAAACUCGGGCAAAUGACACGCGCCAAUAAUAAAAUAAACAACUAACUUUAGAAUAAAAAAGUAACCAUAAUUUUUCCAUCACUUAAUAAGUAAAAACCAUAUAUAUUGUGUAAAAUUUCAGCACUGGCCAAUGAUGUUUUUUUAAACCUUGAUAUAAGUUAAAUAAA